UGAGUUGUGUAACGCACGCGGACUAGCGCGAGUGUGACGUGCAAUUGUGCGAUGGACUCUCUGUGACUGUGUGUGCCGCGAAACCGACCGUCUGUGCUGUGUUUGUGACCAUUAUGGGAUAUUAUUUUUUGGAUACUCACACAAUCUGACAUAUGAUGUUUGGCUCGGAAGGCGACUGCAGCGGUCUACUGACCCUCCACUACGGCAAGCACCAUACGUCACUAGUCUCGGAGAUCCGGCAGUGGUUCGACGCAGAGAGCUUCGCAGACGUGAGGCUCCUGUGUCGUGGAGGCACGCUGCUGGCUCACCGACUAGUGCUGGCGAGUGCGAGUCCGCUGCUGUGCAGGAUCCUGCAGGACUGCGGUCGAGGCGAGCCCACAGUCACAGUGCAGUUGCCAGACAUAUCAUUCACCAACAUGAAGUGCAUGCUGGACUUCCUGUACACCGGCCAGGCCUGCGUCAAGCCUUCCGAGAUCCAAGGAGUUGUUGAGCUGUUCGAUCUUCUAGAAAUAAAAUCAGAGAUUUGGGGAGGGAAACCAUUGAGCACAGAGCCCCAAGGAAACAGCACGAAAGAAUCAGAAGAUAAGACGAGCUGGAACUCCGAAUCGAGCGGACAGGAGGAAUCUAGUGUUCAAGAAAAUGUGGAGCCGAAUAGUGCGAAAGAAUGUGUUAGUGCGAGUGGUGAAAGUACUAGUCUCUUAUGUGUGACCGCGACAGUCAAAACUGAAGUGGAAGUGGACGUAGAUGUUUGUUCGGAAGAACCAGUGAAUGAAAAAAGAAGAAGAAGGAGUAGUAGUUCCUUAUUUCCAGUUAAUUUAUCCUUAAGUAACCCGGACAAUAAAGACCAUUCUAAUUUAAAUUCACCUGUUUCGGAUAAAGACUCGAGGUGUACAGAUUCUCCAAGAAAAAAAUCCUCUUCGCUCACAGAAGCAGGUAGUGGAGAAGAAUCUCAACCCGAAGUGACGCUUAAAACCACCGCCCACAUCUUUAGCGAACAGUUACAUCUCAAAAGAAAAACUCGGUACAUGGAAGACUACCGGACACACGUAGAAGACGACGACCCUCGGAAGCUGCCUGAUGAGGUCAUCAACCAGCCAGCACCGGAGAACUAUGUCGUCACGCCACACAGGAAGCGUAGACCAGGCUUCCACAAUGCACCUGCGCAAAACCCACCUUUUGUCCCGUUCUCACCCUGCUACAUCGAAGAGAUCUCAUACCGACCCAGAAGUAACAACCAUCCCUUAAGUUCCUCAGCUCCCCCAUACCUCAUGGACAACUCGUCCAAGUCCAACCUACACCUGCAGUUGCCAGGCGCUGUGGACGACCUGAAGUAUCGUCCGCCCAGUGGAGAUGGUCAUCCCUCUAUGUCCCCACGGUCCAACAGCUACCCCUUCGGAGUGGGCAACGCCUCAGAGGGCUCGUGGGGUCCCUGGGCCAUUUGUCAGGCUCAGGUUGGUCAGGCCCCAUCUAGGAGUGAGGAACCACCCAACCCAGGUGGUGAGGAGAUGGAAGCCAGCGGCACGCCGGGCAGCAAGCCAACACCAACGCGAGAGUAUCGCUGCGAGUACUGCGGCAAACAGUUCGGCAUGAGCUGGAACCUCAAGACACACCUCCGCGUCCACACAGGGGAGAAGCCUUUCGCGUGUCGUCUCUGUGUAGCGAUGUUCAAGCAGAAAGCGCACUUGUUGAAACACUUGUGUUCCGUACACAGAAACGUGAUCUCGGUCGGUGGUGGAAACAGUGAUGGAGACACGGGACAUUUUAACUGUUGUUUUUGUUCAUUGACGUUCGAGUCGUUGCCCGAACUUAUACGACACUUGUCAGGUCCUCACAAUAAUCUUCUCCUUAGUAAAAACCUUCACGAUUAAUCGGAAGUGUUCACUCAAAUUUUCCAACAUGACACUUUUCAAAAGGUGAAACCUGAAAAUGUUACGAUUUAAAGCUUUAGAGUCCAUAGAUACAUGGUAUUUAGAUCUCAAAGAAAAGUUUAGGUAUAGGAUUUACUAUCUGAGAUACCUUUUACACAUACUUUCUAUAGUACGAGGAUAUAAAGUAAGUCUGUGGCUCAAUUGACUGACUGUGAAACCGAGGUUGUGAUGUCUUGGAUUUACUUUCCCGUGACAUAUUUUGAAAUUCAUCAGUACUUUUCAUUCUUGUAGUGUACCAGCCCCACCUCUUGCUUCGCCUAUCACAUACUGGCCUCUGGGUCUCAGGGCCACUUUAGUAAAUGGGCCCGGACCCAGGGCUCAAGAGGUUUUAGGAAUGUUAGGGACGUAAGGAAAAGAAUCAAUCAAUCAAUUAUUUGAGAUGAGGACGUCACCUAGGUGCGUAUUUUAACCCAAAUAUGAGUGAAGGAUGAUUGUAGAAUGGUGUGAAAUGAUCCGUGUAGCUUUGUUACUGACUAAGAUCAGCAGGUUCAUCAGUCAGGAUCAUAUUGAAAGCCCAAUGAUCAGGAACAGCUGGGCCUGGUUUUGAACCAUCAAAAAGCUACUAACUUUUCGAUUGUUAGGCAAACACUUUAGAAAGAUUCCCAUGCAAGUAAGGGGCACAAUUCUUGGAACCUUAGCGUGUAACAAGCAAGUCACGGGCCUGCUGGGUCCCAUAUAAACCGGCAAAAGCUUAAAACAGAAAGAAAUAAACCCCUACAGCAAUGGUUUUGAUUUCUGCAGUCGCAUGUGGUUUAGAUAAGAACGCAGACUUACUUUUGAAUUGUGAUAGAAUAUGCAGUAAUCAAAUUGUUGGACUUGAAUACUGUAUUCAUUAAACUUAGUAAAAAAAAAUAGCAACUCUACAACUCCAUUAUUUUUUCUACUAUCUUAUGGUAACUAAAUUUUGAUAUAUGUCAAACUAAGUAAAAAACCGUUAACAAAAAAUAAAUUAUAUGGAUAUUUAACUAUAAGAAAUUAUUGAAUUGUGAUAUUUUCCAGGUUUCGAUAAAAAUACCCCUUGUACAGAAUGAACAAAGUGAUCUCAUGCAAUGACCUAAUUGUAGAUCUCAUUAUCAAACAUGAGAAGUUGUCAUUUUGGAAAAUUUGGAUUUUAUUUUGGGCAUUCAAUAAAACUAUCAGAGUAAGUUUAUAUAAUUAGUCAUGUGAUUUUAUAUUGUGCUAUGUAACUUCCAUGGUUUCUUUAUUUACUGUGCAUCACUUUAUAAUGUUGAUUAACCUUAUUCCUUUUUAACCGCACAUCACCUUCUAAGUUUAGCACCAUCUUUCUUUAUGUUCAAAAUAUUCUGACAAUAUCUAAGUUUGCAUGAUUGUGACAAUAAUAGGAAAUAAAGAAAUCCUAAUUAGUGCCUUAAAAAGACUAUUUCACAAUUUAUAUAUAUCAAGAUAUAAGAGGCAAAUAUUUUGUUCAUGAAAAAAUAAUACGUCAUGUUAUCAUUGACUUUUGGAUACUGAAGUAGACAUCCCAUCUUUAUGAACUAGCUAUUGUUUUGUUCAAAAAGAACUUAGUUAUAUAAAUUUUCAUCACUCUUUAUUUGAAAAUAGUCCAUUUCCAUACAGCUGAGAUCUUCGAAAAUCGUCGAAUUCCAUACUACAAAAACAAAUAGUGAUCAGCUGAUUAUUCCUGAUAUAAACAUUAAUUUCACUACACAAACAAUACUUUGACAUCAAAAAAGUUACAACUGAAGUUCCCGGUUAGCUUUGGCAGUUUUUUGAUGUUCAAUCAGCUUAAUUUUACACUGAAAUUAAUUGUAGGUACAGCCGUAUUGUGUUUUGACAUAGAUUAACCAACACAAGUAGACUUCUCAUCCCAUUUUAAAUUUUGAAGCACGUUUUUCAUGUCUGGUUCAUGUACGUGACACUGGGCGCUAGUGUCGACGAAACUUUGUUUCUAUUAUUUUAGGGUUAAUUUCUUGAUUUGUGCUUUAAUGUUUGGUUAUAUACCUAGGGGACAAGUUAUUGUUUAUGAUUAGAUCGUAUUAUUUGGUUAAACAAGGUUUUAAAUGGCUGUAAUAACGGGAAACAAAUUGUAAACAAAACACGACCUCUACAUAAACUGUACAGAACUAACAAUAAAAUUGUCUUCAGCUGUUCCAUAAGGAUGAGAAAUCUACUAAGGGAGCAUGUUUUAUCUAUGGUUUUGAUUAGAAAAAUUAAUAGAUUACGAAAUAUCGGAUACAGUUUGAUGAAGUAGUUUUUUUCAUUGUUAUGAGUAUCAUUCGAUACUCGUCACGAAAGUUCCAUUUCGGGGCUCGAUAAUGUUUCCUAUGCUCAUCUCGGCCCGAGAUGGGUCACUUACUAGUAGUGAAAUAUACUAUUACUGAGAUUGUUAUUGUGACAAAAGAUGCAAUAGCUUACACCGUCCUAUGAGUUUGAUUCGGUAAAAAAGUUGAAGCAUCAACACAAAACAAUAAUUUACAUCCACACACUCUACUGUUCAAGUCCAUUUUAAUUCUAUAACUGGCAAAAACUUUAUCAUGGAGAUGCAAUGUCUAGUUCUACCAAUACAACAGUUAAAGAUCUUAGUCAGUAUACUUAAUAAGUCUAAUAGUUGUAGAAUGAAAUUACUUUAAGCAUAUUUUUCUUUCUGCAAAUCCCAUGAUAUGUUCUACAUAGAUGAAACUAUCACACAUAUAUGGCGCUUUAUCUUUUUAAUAAAUACUGCUAUAUUUUAAAUGAUUUGCAACCGAUACAAACGUAUACUGUCCCACCUAUCUCCUCAGUUUGACAAUAACAUGUUGUCAUCAUUUAUAUAGGCAAUCAAAACUUUGUUGUUUGUUGGUUAAAUCAAGCUUGAAAAGCAUGAUAAUUGAUGUAUUAAAUUUUAGCAACAAGAUUUUUAAAUCCGUAUGUUUAAUUCAGUACUGUACAGCAUUUACCUUUUUCACUAUAUAGCAAUAUAUAGCCUACUUUAAACUUUUUCUGUGUUUUUUAACUGUUUUAAACUAACAAAGAACUGUGAUAUUAAAAUGUGAAAAUAUUUAUUAAAGUGGAAAAAGUCCUGAAUGUCUAUCGUUUGUAAAUAAAUUUACUUGUAAAAUAAGUGUGUAGUUGUACAAAUACUAGCAUUUUUUAUGUCGCUAGAUUUAGUUUGUAUUAGGCCAUUUUCACUCUUUUUCAUGAAACACAUUUUAUUUUAUUCCCAAGAGAUUUACAAAAUAUUUUUCCUACAGUCACCCGACAAAGUUGGCUUCCUUGUACUGUUUAUAGUACAGAAAGCUGCUAAUUGCUGCAUAUUUAUACUUUGCCGUACGGUUUAUACUUUGUCGUACGGUUUAUACUUUGCCGCACAUCAGGAUUGCAACUAAACAACACAAAACAGCGUGGUUCUAUUAUGCACGUAAUCCGUGUACGCUUGGAAAUAGGUUGGCAACACUUAAAGAUAAUAAUCCUAUGAGCAGCUGAUUGACUAAUAUAACCACGAUUUAACCUGUCAUUUAGUGUUUAUAGUUUCGGUAUUUCUGAACUUUCUGGACUUUUCGUUUAAACGUUUUUAAAACAUUCCUACGAUCUUAAUAAACAAGAAAAUACCUUUAAAGCAUUUUUUUUAGGCGCGGAAACCACUUCAAAUUACAAAAACAUACGGAACUAUAUUCUCAAAACGCGGAGCACAUUUCUUGCCGAGGAAAAAUUGCGGAGUGAUACGGACCACGGGUACUACUUUCUCUAGGGCACCCUUUGUGUUGCCAGCUGAACCUAAAAACGUGUUGUAUAGUGUUUGAAAGACUAAUUAUUUAUAUGCUUUAUAGUGACUGUAGGAAAAAUAUAAUGUGUAACACGAGUGAAAAAGGCCUUUGCUGCACUCGAGAUCAUUCCGCACUCGCCUGCGGCUCUUGCGUAAACAUUGCUCUCGUGUGCAGCAAAGUGCCACUUUCACCACUAGUUACACAAAUAACUAUUGUGGUUACCAAUAAAUACAUAAACAAUUGAAAAACGAUGUAGAAUCUGUUUAACAAUAAUAGUAUAUUACGUUACUAGCUCGGUAAGUGGUGUUUUACCGUGCGAGCACGACUGUUUUUCGUGCGAGUACGGUAAAGCUUACUGUGUGAGUAUUGUACGAUACCACAGAAAACGUACUUGUACUAUAACCCAGAAUGCCACCGCAUGGUAAAAAGCAUUAAGCGGUUUGAGAGAGCUUUGCCUGUCAAUCCGUAGGCAGCGCCACCAGCGUUGCUAUGCUCUCUCAAACCGCUUAAUGCUUUUUACCAUGCGGUUGGCAUUCUGGGUUAUAGAAGUACGUUUUCUGUGACGAUACUUGACACUUGACACCAUACUACACAGAAAAAUUAGUACAUUUUAAACUCAUUUUACAAUUUAUUUAGGACACAACAUAAAUUGUAAUAUUUUUAUAUUUCAGAAAACAAAAUAGGCCGUUGCAAUUAGCUGUUUAUUUCAUCAGCUGACCAAGUGCAGUAAAAGUACAUUACAUUACUUUUCCGUGUGUAGGCAUGGCAAAGGGCAACUUUCUAGCCUAUCAAUAUGGAUGGAAAAGUAUCUGUUUCUGUGUAGUAUGAUGUAAACAUAUUUUUCGUUAAACAUAUAACCAUAGACAAAUAGAAUAAAUAAACACUGUCAAAGGAAGGUUCCGGUGCCCACCGCUAGGAGUGUCGUGUAAUUACGGCGCACACCGCUGCAGGUGAGGAGAGCAGGAGCCGUAUGCUACCAGCAGACACUGCAGUGGUGUGCGCCGUAACUACGCGACACUCCUAGCGGUGGGCACCGGGACAUAUGCUAACCGCAGCACUGCUGCCGGUCUAUAUUCAUUCUAUUUUUCUAUCAUAUAACUAAGGGGUAGAGUUAGUCAUAGUUGCCUAACUUUGGUGCAAUAAGCAGGAACUCAACUUAAAAAACCUCCAAAUCUCAUCUAGGAAUUGUACAUCUAUUUGUUCUUAAACUUUUCAAACCACAUUUUGACACACCAUAAAACAAGUGCUGUAAACAUUUCUGACUUUUGGGGAAAAGAUCAAUUUUUUCCGGUACACUGAAAUCUUUUGAAAACAUGAAAUUUAACAACUAUUAGCAUUCAUUGGAUUAUUGUAAAUUUGAAACACAUGUUCUAUACUUCAGUAUAAACUUGUAUUUUAACACCUUGUUAGAAAAUGCAUACCUAACCUUAAAGUCUAGAAUCUUGAAAUUCUGUGCUGAAGUUUCUUUAGGAUCUGAGGGAGCACUGAAAUCGGUUUUAACAUCUACCCCAUGAAAAAUGAGCGUUUUAAGAUCCAGUCAAUAUUUUAAACGUCCUGAAAUUGCUCGGAAAACUUACCAGAAGUGUAAAAGUAGCUUAACGUGUUGUACUUUUAUCUGAUAAAAAUAUUGUAUAGCUCUCAAUCUUGCUAAGCAAGGUACAGAAGCAUCGUAAAAUAAUUAUUACUAGCCAUUAACUUGUUUUUGAUUAUACAAUCCUUUAAGUUGGGCCCUGAAUUGAAUAACUCUUACUCUAAAUACUAGCUAACAGAGUAACAGAGCAAAACCCUAGCAUUCAGUAUACACAAAAGUAUACAAAAAUUCCAUUUAACAAGUAUUAAUAUUGUGAAUAAGAUAAUAAUUACUCUUCUUUUAAACUUAAAAUAAAGGUACAAGAAAAGUUGGCUGCCAAAAUUCUACAUUGCACUACUACAUAUCUUUAUCCAUAAUGCUUCUACGCUCUUUACACAAAAAUAAUUGUUUAUGUAUUUAUUGGUAAACUUUUAACUAAAUAUACAAUAUUUUUUGUAGUCUUAUGAAAGUUAAUGGAUGUUAAUCUCUUAUUAUGAUUUUGUAUAUCUGUUAAGUAAUUUGGGCGUUAAUAUUCUGUAAUUUCUAUGUUUUAAAUCAAUGUCAAAUCUUUUUUCAAGCAUAAUUUUAAAUUGUGUUAUUUCAUACAAAAGUGUUAUCUUAAUAAAUGAGAUUGUGUACUUACCAGUAUUUUAAAAAUAAUCUAGAACUGGUGAAUUAAUUUGAGUUAUUUCAAUAGAAGCAAACACCAUAAAUGAUUUUGAAAAUUUUAAAUUUCCAAAGAUUUGUAAAGAAAAGGCCAGUAUAGUUAAUAUGAUGUUGCUAUAAUGAUCGCCAACUUAAAUAUUUUUCUACAGUCUUAGAAUUUUACAGAUAUCACUGUUAACACAAAUUGUAUUUUUAAAUUGAAAAAGAAUGAUUGACACUAAUAAUUUAUUGUAAUGUAAAUAACGUUUAGUUGUAAGUAGGAUUUUCAUUAAAACUAAGAAAUACGAAGUAAUUUUGCAAGUACAAAAUAAUUGUAACGAUCAUAAUACAAUGUGUUCAUUCUUAGAUUAGUUGUCACGUUGUUGCCUUAUGUAAAUAGAUAAUAAAGACACACACCCCUA